AUGUCGGUCGAAUCGAAAAUUAUCAAACCUAUCGCUAAGGGAAUCGUUCACAGAAUAUGUUCCGGUCAAGUCAUCCUUGACCUCUCCUCCGCCGUUAAAGAACUCGUCGAAAAUAGCUUAGACGCCGGCGCCACCAGCAUCGAAAUCUCUCUUAAAGACUUCGGCGAAGAAUGGUUUCAGGUCAUCGAUAACGGUCGCGGCAUUUCCCCAAACAAUUUCAAGGUUCUUGCACUCAAGCAUCAUACUUCAAAAUUAUCGGAAUUUCAUGAUCUUCAGUCUCUUACUACUUUUGGCUUUAGAGGAGAGGCAUUGAGUUCUCUUUGUGCUCUUGGAAAUUUGACCGUUGAAACGAGAACUGCGAGCGAACAGGUUGCUACGCUCUUGACAUUUAACCAUUCUGGUGCUCUGGCGGAUGAAAAGAAAACCGCGCGGCAAGUUGGAACGACUGUCACAGUUAAAAAGCUGUUCUCCAAUCUUCCGGUGCGAAGCAAAGAGUUUAAGCGGAAUAUUCGCAAGGAAUAUGGCAAGUUGGUUUCUCUCUUGAAUGCAUAUGCGCUUAUUGCAAAAGGUGUUCGGUUCGGUUGUACCAACAUUACUGGCAAAAAUGCAAAGUCUGCAGUACUUAAAACACAAGGAAAUGAUUCUCUAAAAGAUAACAUCAUAACCGUGCUUGGCAUGAACACUUUCAACUGCUUGGAACCCAUGGCAUUAUGUAUAUCUGAGAGUUGCAAAGUUGAUGGUUUCCUUUCCAAGCCUGGACUGGGUAAUGGAAGGAAUUUGGGAGAUAGACAGUAUUUUUUUGUAAACGGUAGACCCGUGGAUAUGCCAAAAGUCGGAAAACUUGUGAAUGAGUUGUAUAGAAGUGCAAACUCUAAACAGUAUCCCAUUGCAAUCUUGAAUUUUUCAGUUCCAACGAAAGUGUAUGAUGUCAAUGUGACUCCUGAUAAGAGGAAAAUAUUUUUUUCUGAAGAAACUUCUUUGUUGCAAGCCCUGAGAGAGGGCUUACAACAAAUAUAUUCUCCCGAUAAUGCCUCUUAUGCUGUCAAUGAAUUUAUGCAGCCUGGAGUAAGAGAAAACUGUUUUGAGUCGUGUUCCUCUCAGAAGAAGUCUCCUAUCGUAACAAAACCAUCAUCCCUAAAUGGCAUUCUUCCUUGCGAAGAGCAUUAUACUGAGUGCAAAACUGAUUCCAAAGAUGCCUCUGAAUCUGAUGAAGAAGAUCUAUUCUCAGAAGAAAGGUUGAUUUCUGAGAAUAUCAGGGGUUCAACGGGCCAGGAGUUCAUACUCAAAGCGCACAAAUCUUUAAAGGGUGAUGAUACAAGGGGAAGACAGCCAGCAUCUGCUCACAGUGCUUGGCGCAAUCAAGCUACCCGGGUUUCAAGGACAAUUGAUCAAUAUUCAUCUGAUUCACCAAGACAUGUUCAGUCAACUCUUAACAAUUUCGUUGCUGUGAGUAAAAGAAAACAUGAUGACAUCAUUACAGCCUUAUCUGAAGUGCCUGUCCUUAGAAAUCAAGCUCCACAUCAUCAAUUGAAGACUGCAAAUACUGAAACUAAUGACUUGAUAACAAGAUCAUAUCAUCAUUUGGACCAAAUCAAUGAAACUUCUAAGCCGAGUGAGACUGAAAAUUUGCAGCAACUUACUCCUGAUAGCAUCAGCCACAAAAGUGUGAAUUCUCCAUCUUUUAGAGAUGGUUCAACUGACAGAGAACCUGGCAUGAAACUGUAUCAAGAGAAUACAACACAGCUAGCUGAUACAGCAACAAUCACACCAUCUAGCAACAAUCUGAUCAGUACUACAGAGCAUGUUUUGGUCUCAGACUCUCCAAUUCGUUCAUCGCCUCUACGAUUAGAUUCUCCCAAGUCUUAUGGUCAGAAAAUAUUCUCCAACAUGCAAUUUUCUUUUCAGGACCUAAAGAGUAGGAGAGAGAAGAGUCUUUCUUUGAUGCAACCCAGAAAUUACAGAUACGGAAAAUAUAUUGGCAAAAGUCACUAUACGGCUGCAACUCUGGAACUUUCACAGCCAGAAAGUGAACAGCAGAAAGAAAGCUAUUUGGCAGCAGCAGCUACUGAACUGGAAAGAUUUUUCAAGAAGGAAGACUUCAGCAGAAUGAAGGUGAUUGGACAAUUCAAUCUUGGAUUUAUCAUUGGUAAAUUGGAUCAAGAUUUAUUCAUUGUGGAUCAGCAUGCUGCUGACGAGAAAUACAAUUUCGAGUGUCUGUCCCAAUCAACCAUAUUGAACCAACAGCCUCUACUUAGGCCAAUAAAUUUGGAGUUAUCCCCUGAGGAAGAAAUAGUUGCUUCGAUUCACAUGGACAUAAUCAGGAAGAAUGGAUUUACUCUGGAAGAGGAUCUAAAUGCACCACCUGGAUGCCGUUAUAAAUUAAAGUCUGUUCCCUACAGUAAAAACACUGUGUUUGGAGUUGAAGAUGUUAAGGAUCUGAUCUCAACCCUAUCUGACGGUGAUGGUCAUGGGGAAUGUUCCAUAAUUGGUAGUUAUAAGCAAGAUUCCACAGAUUCAAUUUGCCCUCCAAGAGUUCGUGCAAUGUUGGCAUCUCGAGCAUGUCGAUCAUCAAUUAUGAUUGGUGAUGCACUUGGAAGAAAUGAAAUGCAGAAGAUAGUUGAGCAUUUGGCGGAGCUGAAAUCCCCAUGGAAUUGUCCCCAUGGCAGGCCGACCAUGCGCCAUUUAGUUGACUUGACCAAAGUUCACAAGAGGUCAGAGUUAACAAUGCAGAUGUAA